CUUAAUUUCCGCCGUUGUUCAUUUCUGAAAUGGAACCCUAAAGGCUAAGCCAAAAAAAUCAACCAAAAAAAAAAACCUCUUGAAAUUCCUCCAAUGGAGAACUUUUCCUACUCUUCGUAUCCGGAAUCCGGUGAAUCUUCGCCUAUUUCUCGAGAAAUCGACUCCGAAAACCAGUCAUGGGACGACCCGCCAUCAACCAAUGCUACUGCUAAUAAUAAUGGUAACUAUAGGGUCAAGUUUUUGUGCAGUUAUGGGGGCAAAAUCCAGCCGCGAUCACAUGAUAAUCAGCUUGCUUAUGUCGGUGGAGAUACGAAGAUCUUGGCUGUUGAUCGUAACAUCAAGUUCUCCACUAUGAUAGCUAAGUUAUCUUCAUUGUGUGGUGGAGAUUCUGAGGUUUGUUUCAAGUAUCAACUUCCUGGUGAAGAUCUUGACGCGUUGAUUACUGUUACGAAUGAUGAAGAUCUUGAUCACAUGAUGUUGGAAUACGAUCGGUUGCAUCGUGGCUCUGCCAAACCGGCCAGGCUGAGGCUGUUUUUCUUCCCGUUGAGUCCACCGCUUGUGGCGUCGGGGCUUGGUGGGAGUGAACCCAAGUCUGAGCGGCAGUGGUUCGUUGACGCAUUGAAUUCUUUGCAGGUUCAGAAUAUUGAUGGCGUUUCGCCUCCAGCUUCGGCGGUGCCGGUUGCCAAUCCUGAUUUCCUCUUUGGUUUGGAUAAGGUGAAUUUGCCGGGUUCGGUCCCUGCUCCGGGGACGGCGGUUGUUCAAGAGGUUGUUGCGAAGGAUGUGACUGCGGGAUCGGAAUGCGGACCAGAGGACCGGUAUGUGGCACCGGACCAGUUGUCUCCGGCGGAGAUCCAGAGACAGAUCCAGGAAUUGCAGAGGAUGCACAUUGCUGCUACUCAAGAUCUAGGCAUUUUACAAAGGAAAAUGGAUGAAUCUAAUCCUAGAACCUGCAGUACUCAAGAUCAUUGCAAAAUUCCAGAUAAAAUCGCCACUUCACCAGCUCCAGGAUCAGGUACGACGCCAAUGCCAAUGCCAAUGCCGACGCCAUAUUUUCCGGAGCAACAUGUAACAACCGCCGGUUAUCCAGGAACGGCCAUGGCAUUGGCCCAAGGAACUGACCAACCGGUUUACCUGAUUCCGGCGGCCGGAGUUUAUCAGCAGCCACCAACAUUGCGACAGGUGACCGGACCCGCCGGCCAGCCUUACUACGGGUUGCAGCGGGUAGUUCAGGAUGUUUACAGGGAGCAGCCGGUUUACAAUGCAGUGCCAACCUCAGUUAUGCAGCCCAAGGGUGGGGUUCCUGAGUCAAGAUAUGUACAGGUAGCUUACGAUGGGACAGGAAGACAGGUUUAUUACACGGUAACACCAUGCCAAGCGAUGGCACCGGCGGCAACAACAGGUGGUGUCGCGGCGUUGAAUCAGGACGGUAAGGUUGCCGUGAAUGCUAAGGCUCCACCGUAAACUUCUUAGGUAUGAUUUUUCUUUAAAAAGUAUAUGAUAUUAUUGUUUUGUUUAUUAUGUUAUAAAUAUAAUAAUAUAGUCCUUUGAAUAAGAACAAAGACUUUUACGGGCGAAUUUUUUAAUCUCUUAUCGAACCUGUUCAAAUUCAUUUUA